AUGGAUUUUGAUUUGAACGAGUAUCCAUCUAAUGAUGUUGGCGAUGAAAAUGGAAAUGAAGAUUGUGAUGAUAAUGCAGAUGUUGGAUACGGAGAUAAGGAUCAAAGUUUUGAAGUAGUUGAGGAAAAUGUUGAAGAUGAGCAAGAUGUUGAGCAUGAUUAUCAAGAUAUUGCCGAUCUACUUAAUAGGAUUGAUGUACUUGAGAUGGUAUUAGAGGUUGGAAAACCUGUGAAAGAUCCCGAAGCAGCCCAUAUUUUAUAUUCCGAGUAUGCAAGACUGAUGGGAUUUAGUGUGACAAAAGAUAACCAAGGUUACUUUGUUGGCACUAGAAUAUGGCGCUACAAAACUUUUCUUUGCGCUUGCCAUGGUAAGAGUGAAACGAAAACAUCAUUGGAUAGCGGGAUGGCUACUUACAAGAAGCAAGAUCGGAAGACCAUGUGUAAGGCAAAGCUAAGGGUGUCACGCAGACGUAAUCAGCCAUGGAAAGUGAGGUCUUGGUACAAAGAGCACAAUCAUGAAUUAUUCCCCUCUGACCAGUCCUAUUUGUUACGCUCAGUCCGUUCUUUGUCUGGAUCGAAGAAAGCUUUGAUAGAAGCAAUGAAUUCAGCAGGCAUUAGCAUCUCUCGUGCUUGUGCAUUCAUGGAGAAGGAGUCAGGCGGGGCACAAAAUUGUGGUUUUACACGGAAGGAUGCAUAUAAUCACAUUAAUGGCAUAAAGAUGAAGAUAAAAGUGGAAAACAGUGAUGCAAAUAGCCUUAUUCAAUAUUUCAGUAAGAUGUCGAAUAAUAGUACAUAUCGGACCAACAUAUACAAGCUUGUUUGUGUUCAUUUUGUUGGUGUCAACCAUAAUUUGAAGAAUGUUAUGUUUGGAAUGAGUUUCCUAUCUGAUGAAGCCACCCGAUCUUACGAAUGGUUACUUUCCACUUUCUUGGAGUCUAUGCAUUCGAAACAAUCGGACAUAAUUUUUACGGAUCAAUGCCAAUCGCUUAUGAAUGCAAUUGAUUUCGUAUUCCCGAGCGCUAGUCAUCGUCUAUGUCAGUGGCAUAUCAACCAAAACGCGCCAUCGCAUUUUGGAAAAUUGAAUGGAAAUACACUCUUCAAGAAUGCUUGGUUUCAUUGUAUGAACGGAUGUGACACUGAGGAUGAAUUUGAAGUAGCGUGGAUGUGUAUGAUUGAUGAAUACGGGCUUGGCGAGAAUAGAUGGUUUAAUACGAUGUACGGGCUGAAAAGGAGGUGGUCCUCUGUCUUUACAAAUCAGCGAUUUUGUGCCGGCCUACAUGCAACAUCGUGUAGUGAGGUAACAAACAAAGUUAUUAAGAACCUUUGUAGCGUAAGCACAUCAUUACAUGAUUUUGUGCUUAAGUUUGAAGAAGUACAAAUUCAAUGGAGGCGAAAAGAAGCAGGAGAUGAUGCACUUUGUAUAGGAAUGUUAGGUCUAUUUGUGCAAAAUAAUGAACUUUUAAAUAGUGCAGCUAAAUUCUUGACAAGUGUCUUUAAAAAAUUGGAGCAUGAGGCUAGUUAUUCAAUGAAUGUUGAUUUAAUCAAAGGCCCAUCAAGUUAUGUUUCGGAUGACAUAGAAUUCACUGUGUCGUCUGGUUGUCAAACUCGUGCAUAUCAGAAACGUAAGUUGCCCCACUCCGACGAUGUUAGUAACCGUGCAUCCUUUGAUAUGCCAUGUGGUUCUCAGGGUAAUGCUAACCCUAAUGACACACCUACUUCUCCAUGGACUCAUUCUGAUUCUAUGGCAUAUGCGAAUAUUAUUAAUAAUGAAGAAGCAGUAAACCCCACUCCAGCUGACAUCUCUAAAGGCAAGGCUAACCAACAAAUACCCGUCAAGAAAGCAUGUUGCCAAGCUCGUGCAUCUCACAAACGUAAGUUGCCCCACUCCGAUGAUGUUAGUAACCGUGCACCCUUUGCUAUGCCAUCGGGUUCUCAUGAAAAUGAUGUCUCAUAUGACACAACAUAUGGCACUUGGGAUGAUACUUUUGGUUGGAUUCAUGCUGAUUCUAGGACAUAUGUGAAUAUUAUUGAUAAUGAAGAACCGGUAAUACCCAAUCUGGAGUGA